AUGGCUUACUCUGGUUUUGUGUGGAUGAUGCUGCUUUUCGCUUUAGUGGCUGGUUCGGCUUUUGCUCAAGGUCCGGGAGCGGCGCCGACCAUGUACCCGCCGGCUUCUUCUCCUAAAGCUGCUCCUCCUACGUCUCACACCUCGACCCCUACUCCUUCUCCCACUAUGUCUCCACCAGCCCGAUCCGCUCCCGCUCCCUCUCUCGCUCCGACCUCCAUUACCACGCCGCCCACCGGUGCUCCGUCCAGCUCGCCUCCGGCUCCUCCCACAUCAACUCCUGCUAAAGCUCCGGUUUCGGGCCCCUCGAUAAGCGCACCGGCGUCGUCUGAGUCUCCAGCCAGUACUCCUGGCAAUGGCGCAGCCUUUAACACAGUCUCCGUCACAGGAUCUGUAGCUUCGGUCAUCUUAGCUGCAACUUUGUUGCUGUAG